AUGAAUAUUACGAGAGCAUAUGGUAUUGCUGUAGGCUUGUUAUCGAUAGUAUUUGUCACGACUAGUCUCCAGCUUUUCGAAAUGAUGUUGGAAUAUCGCUGCGAUAAUCGACAGACAAAGUCAGUUGGUCAAGCAAAUGUCGUUCUCGGUGGCGAGGCGGACGAGAGUAAGACCAACGGAGAAACGACGCUCAUGGCGUGA